GUAUGUUUGUUAUUACUACGAAAAAAUUACCAAUGGACAAUUGUAUAUUGUAAAACACAAGUACGCAAAUCGCUGAUCAACUCCAAAUAAACUGAAGAAAAAAUCUAGGUUAAAGUGAUUAGUAUCGCCUAAAGCACUUCCUUGGAUAAGACUGAGUCGUGAGUGGCUUCAUCUAGUAUUAAUUUUAAGCAUAUGGGCCGUGGAGAUAUGCGUCACUCAACCAAUGAUUAUAAUGUAUGAGUUUUUAUUUAAUCUUCUGGUUGGCAAGCUUGAUCCACUUAAUUUAUACGCAAAUAAUCUUUGAAAUUUUUCGCCUUAAGGCAAAUAGCUAUCAAGUUGCACAAAUUACAACGAAAUUUCGUGAAAAUAUGAAUUAAUAAUAACAUUCCGUGUUGAAAACUCAAAAUGGCAUAUCGGUUGAGAUGUUUGUUGUAACCUGUCGUCGCCUCUGUUUAGUAAAAUAACAUUGUCACUUGAGACGGCCUAAAUGUUCCGCAGACGCGCGUUGAUUCAUAGGUGUAUACAUUAUUGUCCUCGAAGAUGUUGUCAGGCAAUAAAACCCUAAUAGAAUGUAGCUCUUCCUCAUAUUACAUCUUUGCCAUCCUUAAAUCGGUUCUAAAAAAUAGUCAUCACUCGAACCUGUAAAUGUUUCACCGGUCGGAGAAUAUUUGACACGAAUAAUUAAAGGUGAAACUAUGGUUUCAGUGGUAGCAGGGUAUCUAUCUACACAACACACGUGACCUUUCGGUAACGCACGUAUAAUUGUCGAAGAUCCAAGCAACUCGCAUUUGCAGACAAGUACCGGAUAGUAAUAAUUCAGCCGGCUUCUACAUCCAUGCCCUAAAGCACCAGAUCAUCGAAACCAGUAAUUCUAAAGAAACGAAAAUGUAUGGCUUCAUCCACUGUGCUUUGGCUGAUCUAGUCGUCGGCAAGUUCGGCGAAGAAGUAUGGCGAGAGAUAGUCGCCAAGGCAGGAGUUGAACUUGGUGGUGGCUCGUAUUUGAUUCACAAGAUCUAUGAUGACCAAGAAACGUUAAGUUUGGUGGCAGCUGCGUGCGAAACUCUUGGGUUAGAGUUGAAUACUGUUCUGGAAGUCUUUGGAGCGCACUUUCUUGAAUACUGCGUGCAGUCGGGAUAUGAUCGCAUAUUGCGAGUUCUUGGCCGUAAUUUGCGGGACUUCUUAUGUAAUCUGGAUGCUCUCCACGAUCAUUUACAAUCAAUAUACCCGGGAAUGGAAGCGCCUUCCUUCAGAUGCACGGAGACAGAUGACGGGACACUGCUGCUACACUAUUAUUCCAAACGUCCAGGACUUUCUUAUAUUGUCAUUGGGCUUGUCAAGGCGAUUGCUAAGCAGCUGUUGGACACAGAAAUGACGUGCGACAUUCACCAGGAUCUGGAUGAAAAYAAUGACCACGUUAUAUUUGCGAUUCGAGAAGUUGAAUGCAAAAGCCCUACAGCGUCAAAGCUUGGUUUACAAACUUUCGACACAGUAGGUCGGGGAGCUAAAAAAGGACCCGCAAGUGAUGCCGCUUGCUUUACAACGCGCAACCCGAGUGAGAAUCGCGGAGAAAAAAUGAGCUUGCUGUCUUUCUGCAAAGCUUUUCCAUUUCAUGUCAUGUUUGAUCGUAACCUGCACGUUAAACAAGCAGGUCUAUCGCUCAUGCGUCUUAUUAAAUAUAACCCAAAGAGCACCCUGGUGUUUACGGACAUUUUUGAUCUUGCACGACCGCGUAUGGAUUUUAGUUUUGAGGCAGUAAUAUCACAUAUAAAUACGGUCUUCAUAGUGACCACAAAACCUGGAGUUAUCGGCUUUCCUUUAAUUGACGAUCCCACAUCUGAGACCACAGAGGAUGCUCAGCAAUCAAUAUUGCGGCUCAAAGGCCAGAUGUUGUACAUCCCUGAAUCUGACUGCCUACUGUUCCUAUGCUCACCGCGCGUAUCUAACCUAGAUUCAUUUAGAGAGAAGAGCCUUUACUUCAGCGAUAUCCCCAUCCACGAUGCUACCCGUGACCUUCUAUUCUUGUCUCAUGCGCGCCGAGCAGAAAGAGAGCUAGUGGAAAAGCUCGAAGAGACGAGUAACAAUUUGAAAAAAAUUGAGAGCAAGUUGAUUGAUCAUAAAAAGAAAACCGAUGACCUUCUUCACUCCAUUUUGCCCAAAGCAGUGGCUGCAAAGCUACGGCUAAAUCAACCCGUGCCAGCAGAAAGCUAUAAAGUGGUGACCAUUUUAUUUAGUGACAUUGUGGGUUUUACUGCACUCUGCUCCAAUGAUAGAGUAGUCCCUAUGGACAUUGUCAAGCUGCUGAAUAAACUCUACACGUAUUUCGACAUGCUCUCGGGAAUGAAUGAUGUUUAUAAGGUGGAGACGAUUGGAGAUGCCUACAUGGUAGUUGGCGGGCUUCCACACCCUUGUGAGAACCACGCCCAGAAGGUGGUAAAUAUGGGCUGCAGUAUGAUGGAAGCCACUGAUGUAGUGCAUUCUCCAGUUGAUAAAAACCCAAUAAAGAUCCGUAUUGGUAUCCACACGGGGCCUGUGAUGGCGGGAGUUGUUGGUAAGAAGAUGCCUCGGUAUUGUCUUUUUGGAAGUACGGUUACCUUGGCGAACAAGAUGGAGUCCGGUUCUCAACCAGGACGCAUAAACAUAAGCAUUGAUACAAAGAACCUCGUUGAUCAAAAUGACUUCACCUUUGAGUCCAACRCAUUGGUUGCCAACCCUCUUCCAUGCUUUUUUGUCAAGAGAAGUGCUUUGGCUGCAAGACGAGCGUCUCUUGUUGACAUCACGUCAUCUGUUGCGCCCAACAGUAUCUGCAUGUUUAGAUCACCCAUUGGUUCACCCACUGAAUCACCGGUACCACGCAGGCGCGCGAGMUCGGUUGAGCCCGCACCGACUCCAAAAGAGACAGAUAAACAAUUUCCAGUUUGCCCAAUGAGAAGGCGAACUACGGUUCAUAAAAUGCCUUCGAGAAUCAUCAAAGAAAAUGGUUUGGCUUCCAUGCCCGAGUUGGAAUACGUUUCUGAUGGUGUAGAAUUCAACCUGGAUGAUUCGUCUGUCGUAGAAACGGAAAGAGAGAAACUAGUAGCACUGAUGGGCUUGCAUGAUAAAAUCGAUGCCAUCAAGCUCAACAAUGCCCAUACACAAGUCAGAUCCAAAGAAAUCUAACCAUGCAAGUAAUUAAUGUAUAACAUCAAUUCUUAGGCUGCCGCUGUCAGUUCUAAGUUCAUUUCCGUAUGGAACGCCACACCACACUUUGCAGUCAGUUUACCUCCUGGCAUUUUCCGCCAAAGAUUUGAUUUUAAAAAAAAUUUUUACCACUAAAUAAAAGUAAAAUAAAAAAUAAACAUAUUAGCACGAACUGAAGAACCAUGGAGUCAAUGUGUAGAUAGCCAAAAAGUGUAUAUAUCAUAAUCCAUAUCUAAAUCAUAAGAUCAUAUUUUCAGUAAGGCAAGUUAUUCAACUUGCAAGAUAUAAAAUUGUCUUAAGCGAAGCUAGAGCAUUUCAGCUUUGCUGUCUGAGAAAUUUGUUUGAGGGAGUACAGAGGAGUGAAAGAGAAGAGUUAUUGAGUUGAUCAUCUUUGUAUCUUAUUUAGAGUUUGUGCAUAUUGCAUCAAAGAAUGUUGGGCUCUACCAUAAUAAGUAUUCUUAUAAUGAAGAGUAGAUUGGUACAUUAUUUGACAAUGUUGCUCGCCUUUACAUAGCAUAAAUGCGAUGUUUAUUGCAGGUACCAAAUAAAGGAGUCCAUUUUUGCAUGUUAUUA